AUGCGCUGGACCUCGUCUCUUCUACUAAUUGCCACCGGGGCCGCAGCCCUUCCUUCUCCUCCAUCUCCGGAAUCCUUUGUUAUCGUUGAACUGCCCUUACCACCUGUCGCACCAAACAGUAAAGAAGGGGCAUGUACGGAGAAGAUUAAUCCCCGUGGAACUGGUUGUAUCGGCCAAACAUCCGACGAAUUCCAAUCUGGAGACUUCACCCCGGAUGGCAAGCAUGUACUCGUCAACGUCGACUUCGUCGGCGCACCGGCAGCUCCGGAACCUGCCAGCAUCUACUCCGGCGAGCAGCUGAUCCUUGUCAAGGUUGACGGGAAGAAAUUCGCCAACGGAGACGCAUGGAAGUGUCUUAGCUGUGGCGUUCCUGAGAAGAACGCGCAGUCGCUUGACCCUCAGCGAGACUACCCCCAUGCUGCUCGCAAUGGCAAGCAGGCUCUUUGGGGCCAUAAUAUCCUCGACUGCGGUACGGCCUCCCUUUGGAGUGAUACCUGCACUCCGAAUACGACACACGUCUAUCCCAUCUAUUGGCCCACUUCGGCUGACGGGUCCGGGAAGGGAGGAAGUCCGCGAGAAAUGCGCAUGCAUCCCGAUGACGAACACAUGGGCUGGAGCUCGUUCACGGCGGGUGGUCAAUUCACAUACUUCGGACGUCUCAAGUUCAACUCCAAGCCCACUUCUGGAGACCCAUCGGUUCCGCGAUACGACCUCGUCGACGUGAACAUCCUCUACCGAGAGAAUAGCACGGCACCUAUCAUGGCCGACGGCGACGAACUGGUCAUCCACGACGACGCCAUUUAUCCCGGCGAACUGCGCGGCUUCAGCGGAAGCGGCGACGAGAUCCUCUAUAUCGGCUCUCCCCGGGAGGCGAACAACAUCGACGUCUUCGCCAUUCACGUCACCACCGGCGCCAUCCGCCGUCUGACCAGCCACCCCGAAUACACCGAUCCGGUGGCCUUCUCACACGACAACGACUGGCUCGUCGCCAUGGACACUCGUGGCACCGACCGACAGAUGUGGAUGUCCGGAAUGCGCUACGUUCCACCUCUAAUUGACAUCGUGGCCGUCACCGCCGCCUCGUCCACGCGCAACAAUGGCCCCCGCCGAUUCUUCCAACCCAUCCUGAUCGACCGCUACGGCGACCGCGACGACUACUUCGGUCAGCAGAUCAAUGAAGAAGGAGACGGCAGCAACGGCGCCGUUAACGACCCCAACUGGAACGGUCGCGCAGACCCGGCCUUCUCCCCCGACGGAACCAAAAUCGUCUACUGGCAGGCCCUGGUGACUUCACCCUCCUGCGGCGGCGAUAACCCGCUCGCCUGUCCGGAGUCCACAGCCCAGGGUGGUCGUCGGUAUCGACUCAUGCUCGCCACCCGGACAGAUCGCGAACCCACGGAGCCAGCCCCAAUCUAUAAAGUCCCCGACGAGAUCCCCUGGGCCACGCCCUUUCCUCCUGGUAGCGACCUCCCUGAGCUCUACGCGGUCCCACCUGGCAACUAUACCUUGCACGGUAGCUCCAGUGGAUCCGCCAAGGUGUCCCUUAUCGCGGGGUCGUCGGGGAUUGUCCAGACGGUUAAGGUCAAAUACAGUAACUACUCCGACGACGGAGAGCAUUUCAUCCACGGGAGUGAGUCGGUGACGACGAGGAUCCCGUCGGCUGAUAACCCCUGGUUGAAUGUUUUGGACUGGUACUCGGAUCUCAACCAGACUGGUGCGGUGACGGCUAGCAAGAAGACCGGACCGGGUGGGUUUCAAUUGACGAUCGAUGCGAUGGUUAAUAUUUUCGAAGCGAAUGGGACGUUGACUACGACGAUUGAUGGGGAGGUGUAUAAGCAGCCUGCUAAUGGGACUUGA